AUGUCUUCCCUCUACGAGACGAUUGGUGGCGCCCCUGCUGUUGAUGCCGCAGUUGAAUUGUUUUAUAAGAAGAACCUCUCGGAUGAGCGCAUCAAGAACGUUUUUGCUAAGACUGAUAUGAGCAAGCUUAAAGAUCACCAGAGAAACUUCCUAACAUACGCAUUUGGUGGUCCCAAUAACUACACUGGCCGUAGUAUGAGAGCAGCUCAUGAGGGCUACAACAUCACCGAAUUACAGUUCGAUGCUGUUGUUGAGAACCUCACCAACACCUUGAAGGAGUUGGGUGUUGGUCAAGAUUCGAUAGAUCAAGUGAUUGCUAUUGCUUCUGGGCAGCAUGAUAAUGUGGUCGGACAUUGA